AUGAACUCCCUCUCCACAAGCGCCUUCAGUCCAGUUGCCUUCUCCCUGGGGCUGCUCCUGGUGAUGGCUACUGCUCUCCCUACCCCGGGACACCUGGGAAGAGAUUCCAAAGAUGAGGCCACCUCAAAUAGACCACCACUCAUCUCUGCAGACAAAAUGGAAAUCAUUAAAUACAUCCUCGGCAGAAUCUCUGCACUGAAAAAGGAGAUGUGUGACAAGUAUAACAAGUGUGAAGACAGCAAGGAGGCACUGGCAGAAAAUAACUUACAUCUUCCAAAACUGGCAGAAAAGGACGGAUGCUUCCAAUCUGGGUUCAAUCAGGACACCUGCCUGACAAGAAUCGCUACCGGUCUUCUGGAGUUUCAGGUACACCUGAAAUACCUCCAGGCCAACUAUGAAGGUGAUAAGGAAAAUGCCAACUCUGUGUACUUCAGUACCAAAGUCCUGCUCCAGAUGCUGAUGGAAAAGGUAAAGAAUCAGGAUGAAGUGACCACCCCCGACCCCACCACAGACACCGGCCUGCAGGCUAUCCUGAAGUCGCAGGACAAGUGGCUGAAGCAAACAACAAUUCACCUCAUCCUGCGGAACCUUGAGGAUUUCCUGCAGUUCAGCCUGAGGGCUGUGCGGGUCAUGUAG